ACACACAGGCAGCGGCGGGCAGGCAGGCAGGCAGGCAGGCAGGCACAGUGCGGACGGACUGGAGUGGAUCCGGGACGCGGGCAGAUGCCGCUGGACCAUGAGAGAAAGUGGAGCCGGACGCACUGAGCCGCAUUGAGAAGACAGCGCGCCGCAAAAUGAAGACACCUAUGCGUCAUGGGGUUGCGGUGCUUCUCGUGCUCCUGCUGUGCGCCAGCUUGUUCCUCGUGUACAACGGCAGCUUCACCGGCGCUUCCAGGGACGCCAACGACACGCGCAUCCGGCAGCAUGAACAGCUGCGGCGGCCCACUGAAGCCUCCGUCAGGGUGGCCAAGCCUCACCCCCCGGCCCUUCAGGGAUACAGCGGCAUCAUCGACCAUAAGCCUCUCAGGAUGCACUGCCAGACCUGCGCCCUGGUGACCAGCUCGGGUCACCUCAUUGGAGGCGGCCGGGGUGAAGAGAUCGACCGGGCUGAGUGCGUCAUCCGCAUGAACGAUGCCCCCACCGCCAGGGGUUACGCCCGCGACGUCGGCCGCCGCACCUCCCUGCGCGUCAUCGCUCACUCCAGCAUGCAGCGGGUCCUGCGGAGUCGCCACGAGCUGCUCAACGCCAGCCAGGACACCGUGUUCAUCUUCUGGGGCCCCAGCAGCUACAUGAGACGCGACGGGAAGGGCCUGGUGUACAACAACCUGAGGCUGAUGAACCAGGUGCUGCCCAAACUCAAAGUCUACAUCAUCUCCUGGCAGAAGAUGCUGCAGUUCGACGAGCUCUUCAAGAAGGAGACGGGAAAGGACAGGAGGAUAUCAAACUCCUGGCUGAGCACCGGCUGGUUCACUAUGACCAUCGCCCUGGAGCUGUGCGAUAGGAUCAACGUCUACGGCAUGGUCGCCCCGGACUUCUGCAGGGAGCCUCAGCACCACUCCGUCCCCUACCACUACUACGAGCCACGUGGGCCGGACGAGUGCGCCAUGUACAUUUCUCACGAGCGCGGGCGGCGGGGCAGCCACCACCGCUUCAUCACAGAGAAGAGGGUCUUCGCCAACUGGGCACGGACUUUUGACAUCCACUUCUACCAGCCGGACUGGAGCCCCCCGCCGCUCCCGGCCAACCGGACGCUGGAGGGGGCAGUCACAUCGGCGCCCCUGGUGCCUCAGAAGACGUGACCGGCAUCUGGGGCGAAGAAACUGCUUUUAGAGAUUCAUCUCAGAAAAGCCUGAGGAUAGGGAACAGUUGCAGUGAGGGCUAGUGGACCCUUUGGAAAAAAAAAAAAAAAAGGUGAAAAAACAUGAAGUAGGCCACAAAAUAGUAAACACACAUGAAGUCUGGGUUCGGUGAACAUUUCUCCAGCUCCACCGCUGCAGCUCCGGCGGUGCGUUUGGUUUACGGAGGUGAACCACUUUUUUCAGUUGUUUUGUGAGGCUCGUACGAGGGGGCGACAUCAUGACACGCUCUCAAUGCAUGCAUGCAGUGUCUUAACUGUGGAUCCUCCUGGUCUUUGUGCGUACGUGUGUGAGUGUGCAUUUGUUUACCAGAGGGAUCACUGAGGAUCCAAACUUGAGUUUGGGCUCGUCACAAAAGCUUCUGUUGGUUCGAAGAUCUGUGCAGGACUCGUUCUUCACAGUUCACUGAAAGAAAAAUGCCAUUCCAAUGCUCAUUUUAACAAUGUAGUGCUGGAGACGGUGCACGGUGAAUACUAAUAACACUCCAGCUAGAGGUAAAGCUGCUACAAGGAACUUUAAUUUUCAGUUGAUUCUGGUGCCCAUUGUGGACAAAAGAGGAGAAAUCACCACAGCAUUGUGUCAAAGACCUUAAUCUGGGUAUGUUUGUUUUUCACGGGAAAUGAAAAGAAAGAUGCUUGAUAUUUUUAAAGCCAUAUUGCUUUUUUAAACACAACUUAUUUGCAGGAUGCAUGGUGAUAACAUAAUGUAACUAUUUAACUACAACAUGUGGUUGGUACCAGGACAAAAAGCUGGUAAGCUACUUCAAGGUCUUCAAACUCUUAUUUGGCAACUUAUUUUUUUAACAACUGAAAUGACAAUUUUGUCACCACAGAGGAGAGUGAAGUACCAAAAAAAGGAAUUGAAUCCAGUACUGGUAUCUGUUCCAUAGUCAGGGUCCAAGUACCACACCCUCGUCAUACAGAGGCAUCAGUAUUAAAUGGAGAUUAAAAGUUAAAAGUUCCUUGUAGAAUGCUAAAAUAUUAAAUAUUCUUCUGCGGUUUUAAGUGAAGAGGUCAAGUCGGAUAAGUUUCAUUAGACCCACGUCUCUCGGCUCAAACGCCUUCAGAGCUUUCUCGACUCUAGUUUCCGCUGCCCUUCAGGUGUGUGCGCUCACUGAAGUGUCGCCCAUGUCAAACUUUGAAACGCAGCGCCUGCUGGCUGAACGACAAGUGUGUUAACAUUAUGUGUGUGCGCCUCCCCCCUGCCCCGCGCGUAUGUAUCAUAAAGCUUUGUCGGCUCCUGUCACCAGUUAAUAGCGCGAUUUAUAUAGCUACAAGCUGGAUUUCCAUGUAAAUGCACAGCUGUGUCACACAAGACAAGUGGGAGAUUAAGAUCGAGUGCAGGGAUGCAUCAGCGGCAUCCAUCCUACUAUAUUGUUCUGCUGCUGCUGCUUCCGUGAGCCUGAAUCGCCUAGCGGGAGAAUUACACCUUUUUCCUUUUCUUUUCUUUUUUUUUUUUUGUUGAACUGAUGAGUAUGUGAUCUGUCACUCUUCUCCUCUCUCGCUCCAGAUUGUGUUUCAUGUGCACUCUUCUCUCAUUUGAUGGAGUAUAUUGUACUUGUAGACUGCCCCUUCCUCUCUCUCAGAUCCUCUAUUUUCCCUUCUUGUCCCUACUCCAUGAAUAAGAAUCAGGUUGUCAGGUUGGUGAAAGCGAAGAGACGGAUGGUUGUCUUAAUGACACAUCCAGGUGCUAAGUCCCUCAUCUCUGUAAUGUGAGUAAUGAGUAGGGAGGUGCCGUGGGUCAGACACAUAGGUGCAUCACAGACAGCUGCAGGAGAGGAGAUACUGUGCUGUAACAUGAUGAUGGUGAGCUGAGCUUUAGCAGGUCUGAUUUUUGUUUUUGAAAAAAAAUAUUAUUUAUUAUUGUUGGAUGCACCUAAUUUACAAGUUUGGCGCACCAGUGCAACCAGUGAAAACGUUUGUCAGUAGUCCUGUCAAACCAUGUUUCCCUAAACCUAGUCAAGUAUUUUCAUUGUCCUAAACCAAACAGUAGCAGACAGCAGAAAAUAAUGAGUGAACUUGGUGUAAAAUUAACAUGUGAACAGAAGAACAAGUAUGUUCCAAAUGUGAUACGAAUCCUGAUCUCUUGUCUUAGAGAUUCCUGUACCUAAACAUUCAGUCACAACAUUCGAUCUGAAGCAGAAUUUGUUGAAGACGUGUAAAAGUGAUGGUCCCAGAGCAACAUUCUUUAUGAUUCACCAACAUGAAGAUACCAUAUAAAACUUUUCUGUGUGUUGUCCAGGUCCGAGUCCUGCUGCUGACACAGAGACAAAGAUGCGUGUUUGUUUUCUUGAGAUGUUGACUCAUCUGCAAUGGUUGUGCACAAUGGUCUGUAUUAGCAAAGUGAUAAGCACUUUUACUUACAUUUUUUUUUCCUAAUUAACUGAAUCCUUUUUCGGGGCUGCAAGGACAGACUGUUCUUGUUUGAUUAAUUGUUUAGUCCUGAAAAUGUCAGAAAAUAGUAAGAACUGCCAAUCACAACUUCCUAGAGCCCAAGGUGACAUUUUCAGAUCGAUUAUUUGGUAAAAACAACAGUCCAAAGCCUGAAGGUAUUCAAUUCAGGAGAUACAAAACAGAGAAAAGCAGCAAAUCCUCACAUUUGACAAGGUGAAAUGUUGAAAUUUGCUUUAUAAAUGACUUAAAGGAACAGUUUGAAAUUUUGGGGAAUAUGAAUAAUACCUUUUCUUGAAGGGUGAGAAUCAGAAUCGGGUCUAUUGCCAAGUAGGUUUUCACAUACAAAGAAUACACGUUAGCGUUUUGUAGUAGUAAAAUUAAUGUAGAAAUGAGAAACUAGAUAAAGCAGUAAGUAGCACAAGUCAGGAAGCAAAAUAGAACAAAUAUGAAAAAAGACUACUAGAUAAAAAUGGAGCUGCAGCUGGUUAGCUUAGCUUAGCUUAGCAUGAAGUGAAAACAGAUAAAUUCAGUAUUUGAAUAGGGGUUGUGUGUUGGACUAUUUCUUGAUUUCAGGAUUUCAGUCUGAACAUUGUAUUCUCUGCAUAAAAAAAUGCAUUUCCGAAAAUAUCAAACUUUUCCUUUAAUUAAUUGAUCAGCUAUCAAUUUUUGUCAUUUAAUUCGCCGUUGAUUGAAUCAUUUCGGCUCUGAUGUUGAUUUUUUUUUUCCUUUUGCACAUAAUGAAAAUGUAUCAUUCCACUCAAUAAAGUAUGUUUUAUAAAU